AUGGAUGCACAAGAGAGGAGAUGGGAAGAGGGACGGGAAGAGGAACGGGAAGAGGGCGGGAAGACGACGGAACGUGAAGAAGAAGAGAAGACUAAAAGGGAAGAGGGACAGGAAGAGGUACGGGAAGAGGACGUAAAUAGGAACGGGAAGAGGAACGGGAAGAAGACGGGAAGAAGAUGGGAAGAGGAACAGGAAGAAGAAGAGAAGACUGGAAGAGAACGGGAGGAGGAAUGGGACGAGGAACGGGAAGAGGGCGGGAAAAAGACGGAACGGGAAGAAGAGGAGAAGAAGAGAAGACUGGAAGAGAACGGGAGGAGGAACAGGAAGAGGGACGGGAGGAGGAACGGGAAGAGGGACAGGAAGACGGACGGGAAGACGGACGGGAAGACGAGCUUUUACCGCUAG